CUAAUAUCGGCUCUCAAUGGCAAUACUACAGGCCUUCCAUUACGGCUGUGCCCUAACAGCCAGUCUCUAUCUUCUCAUUUCUACCGUCCUCAAUAUAGGCAGAGUGAAACAGUCCGAAUCAAAUAAAAUCAAGCCACACAUCCUCCCGACGACUCUUAUCAUCAUAUCCUAUCUUGUUGCAGGCACCAUUGAAAUCAUCCGAAAUGGCUUUGUCGAUUCCCAGUCCGAUCUCUUCCACGCAAUUCUACUUGUCUUAGUUUGGUCUUCAGUUCGAAUUCUAAAAUGCCUCUGGUAUGAACUGUUGGUGAUAUCGAUCAUCAAUAUCGCGUUCGACGCGCCACUUCUCGCUUUGUCUCGUCGGUCGCAGACAGUACCACAGCUGGUCUGUCUGGCUCUUCGGCUUUCUUUGUUCUUAUAUUUCGCGGUAAUCUCGAUAUACGCAUCCUCGAAGCCUACAGCAAACUCUGAAGAAUCAGAGUCACUCUUAGGGAACGGAGCUGCCUCAUACGAUACAGUACCUGCUAUCCCAGACCAUGACGACGAGAGUGACUCGGAAUCCGACGACGAUCACGACAUCAAACAAGCUCGAGCUAAACGCCUUCAGGAAACAGGCAGCUGGUUCGCGUACGUCAAGGACUUUUCCAUCUUUCUACCCUACCUCAUCCCUCGAAAAGACAAGAAAGUGCAGCUCUCUAUCUUGGUAAGCCUUGUGUGUGUUGCAGCUGGCCGAGCACUAAAUAUCCUUGUGCCGCGACAACUGGGUAUCGUGACGGAUGAUAUCCUCGCAAAUGAAGCCCCUUUCAAGGCUCUCGGGAUCUGGGUAGUAUUGGACCUGAUUCGCAAUGACGCUGGGCUGGGGUUGAUUCUUGCCUUGGUGACGAUUCCUAUCAAGCAAUUCUCAUAUCGGCAGAUCACAAAUGCAGCGUUUAGCCAUGUUCUGAAUCUAUCGAUGGAUUUUCAUUCCCAGCGCGAUUCGGCCGAGGUCAUGAAGGCCGUUGAGCAGGGAGAAUCGUUGACAAAUCUUCUCGAAACGGCUGUUAAUGAGAUACUUCCCACGAUAGCUGAUUUAGUUAUUGCGUCUGGUAUGCUGUAUUGGAAGUUUAAUGCCUAUGCGUCGCUGGCUAUGGUGGUUGCGUCCAUCGCCUAUAUCACGGUCGAGGUCAUUACAUCCAACUGGAACAUCGGCACAAGGCGUCAGCUCACAAAAGCCCAACGAGACGAAACGCGCGUCAUGCAUCAGGCUAUCCAAGGCUGGCAGACCGUCUCCUAUUUCAACCGGUUCUUCUUCGAGCGAUCCCGUUUCAGCAAGUCAGUCGAUGCCCAGCUCAAGGCGAGCAGGCGCUUCGGGCAGCGCGACGCAUACGGAAAAGCAAUACUCGAAGUGAUGGUUCCUCUUACAUUCUUUGUUCUCGCGUGCCUGGUGGUUUUUGAAAUCUCGCAGGGCCGUUCAUCUCCUGGUGACUUUGUGUUUUUUCUUCAGUAUUGGGAUACGCUUAUUUAUCCUAUCAUGUAUCUUUCGGCGGAGUACAGAUGGCUUAUGUCGCAGCUUGUGGACGCAGAGCGACUUCUACUUCUACUUCAGACGAAGUCGAGUGUCACUGACCAAGAAGGCGCAAAGGAUCUUGGGUCUGUGGAUGGGCAUGUAUCAUUUAACCAUGUGCAUUUCUCUUAUGACCCUCGCAAGCCGACCGUGACGGAUGUCAACAUUACUGCCUCGCCGGGAGAGACCGUCGCUCUUGUCGGUAUGACCGGAUCCGGGAAGUCUUCCAUUCUCAAACUACUGCUCCGUUUCUACGAUGUUUCUUCCGGACGGGUCGAGAUUGACGGCCAUGAUGUUCGUGGUGUCACGCUCAGCUCUCUCCGCGAGGCUAUCGGGGUCGUUCCACAAGAUCCGCUCCUUUUCAAUGCUUCGAUCAUGGAAAACCUGCGCUAUGCAAAACCAUCAGCUAGCGAUGAAGAGAUCUUCACUGCGUGCCGUGCAGCUGCUAUUCAUGAUAGGAUCCUCACCUUCCCCGAUCGCUACGAGACAAAAGUCGGAGAGCAGGGAGUCAAACUCUCUGGCGGCGAGUUACAGCGCAUAGCCAUCGCCCGAGUAUUCCUCAAAGACUCGCCGAUUCUCCUUCUCGACGAGGCGACAAGUGCGGUAGAUACCAACACCGAGUCGGAAAUUCAGGCUGCGUUGGAUAGAUUGAGAACGAAACGAACAACGUUUGUCAUCGCGCAUCGAUUGUCGACAGUUGUGAGUGCCGAUCAGAUCCUGGUCCUGGAUGAGGGACGGAUCGUGGAGAGAGGAACGCAUGAGGAGCUGCUGGCAAGGGGUGGGAAGUAUCAGAGUCUCUGGGCAAGGCAAAGUGGUAAUAGCCUGGUUAUGGAGGAGCAGGAUGAUCUUAUAGAGACUUGAAGUUAGUUCUGAUUAGACUGUUUUUAGAUAAAAUGUUAUGUUUCUUCAAUGUGGAGUACCUUGUAUACCGUCAUCCUUUUUGAUAGAACCCAUCUAGAACAAGC